CUAAUAGUUCAGCUCCGAAUGUCGAAUCACACCGUAGAUUUGAAACUGGUAAAUUAAAUUUGCUUUUGACUCACAAUGUUAUGAAAACAGAAAUAGCGUGUACACCGGCUUGUGCAUAUAUCCUAGAUGAUAAGACUGCAAGCUCGCACAAUCAACAAUAAGCUCUUCACAAAUUUAUCUCUACAAGUACAAAGCAUACUCUUGAACAACUUCACAAUGCCUGCUUCCAAGAGAAAAUCAGAAACCACAGAUACUAAAGAAACUAAGCCAAAGAAAAUAAAGUCCUCUAGCAAAACUGCUGCUGAUGUGGCAAAGUCUGAAAAGGGAAAAAAGAAAAAGGAUACAACUACGAAGGAUCAGCAAAAGAAGAAGCCAGCAAAGAAGACAUACACAUCCACAAUAAAUGAAGAUACAAAUGAGGUUACACAGUCCCUAGUCUUCACAGAGCCUAUCCCCACAAAGAACUCUAAGGGUCAGUUAGUGUUCAAAGAUGCCCCUGAAUUUCAACCAAACAUGACCCCCAAAGAAGUCUUACAGGCUGGCAGUUUUGGAGGGACAUAUUUUCGACCAAUCAAAUCUGGAGUUACCAAGCAAAGCUACACUGGAGUCUGGAAGGAGCUGCCUAAGGACUGGACAGAAGGACUCGAUAUAUCAAGAAAGGUGAUAUCCUGUACCUACCGACCAGAGGUCAACACAUACAAAGUGAAAUGUGGAGGCAGUCUUGAAAUGUGGGAAGACAGUGGUUGGAUACACAAGCAAGAUCCAUAUGGCUGGUUCAUGUGGUACUGCAGGUUUUACCAAGGACGACGUACUGAAGAUGAUGAACGACAAAUUGGACGCUGGUUACGCUGUGCAGGAGUGAAGGGUAGAUGGCGUAACAAUCUCAUUGGAAAAUGUGCACGUGGUGGAUGCUCAUUUGACAAUCAUGCUAUAUCACCUGUAGUGAGACAGACUCUACAACAUUGGGGAUAUAGGCUCAAUGAGGCAGAUUUUAAAGCUGCUGCCAAACGUUUUAAAUAGAGACAUGAAGUGUUAAGAAUCUCAGAUCUGUACUUUUACUUAAUUUAGCACUGACCAAUUUGGUGGAUAUUUGAUAUAGGGAGAUCUGAUCUUGAUCUUAGAGCACUGUGAUCAGAGGAUAGAGGGGCUGAGAUUGAUCUUUAAAACUAAGAUUCAGCUAAGCCUCUUACAUUUGUGGUGUCUUCACUGCCUUAGUUUUGAGCCAGUUCAGAAAAUUCAGUUUUAGAUGAAAUUGAUCAUGAAUUUAUCAAAUCCUUAUAAUAUAGAUGUUUAGGGUGAUGCAUGUAGGUUUCUAUACAUAUUUUGCAAUGUCACUCUAAAUUAAAGAUAUUCACAUUCACAAGGUAUCACAUUUACAUGGCUGCCAAAUUAAGUAAAAGACAGAUUUAUGUCAGUUUGAAACCUUAUCAGCAUUAUACUGAAACGCACAAUCGUUAAAAUCAUGACAAUGUGAACAUGUUUCAUUGAUUUGUAUUUUUACCUCGUUUUUUCCUUUAGUAAUGUAUAAUAGCUUAAGUCAUAUCCUACUGGAUUUUUUGCCUGAAAAUUUUACCAACUUUGCUUGAACAAUGAGUAUUAAUUCAUAUGGCUAAGGUAUAUAUUAUGUCAGACAUAUCAUUAUAGUUUCUGACUUUUUUGUGGAUGGCGUUCUGCGUCUGUAACAAAUGAAUGUUCACAAAUUUCUAUGAAAAUUCACUUUGAACACAACUUAUGGUGUUCUCAUGUGUACUGGUUCUAACCAGACCUCAUAGCAUGACUUUUCAUGGCUACACCAUAGCAAAAGCAAAGGGAUUAUAUUUAAACAAAAUCUAUGAUAUGAUCAGCCAAUGCGGAGUCUAAAAAGCUCACAGUAAUGGAAAUCUAGUAAGAAACCCUUGGAUUUGCGUUGCCCAUCAUUUGCAACAAUAGUACAUGACAAUAUAUUUACUUCAUACUGGAUGGGGUAUUUACCAUAUUUAACUAUUUUCCAUAACAAUUUUUAUUUGGCCAGUAUUGAUGAACCCAGUUUUAGUUUGAGUCAUGACAGAAUGAGAACAUAAUCUAUUCAUUUUUUUUUUAUUCAUUGUGUGUAUUUGUGUUGUAAAAUGUGUACAUUUUAAAAAUAUAAUAAAAUAUAACAAUUUUACAAAAAUAUCAUUUGUAAUUAAUCAUACAGAGGACCAAGUAACCAGAAAGCUGCCACAUUUUCAUACCCACAACCACACUUUCUUGAGUCACAUUUAUAUGUGCAUAAUUUACUAAAUACAUUUGUAAUGGGACAUUUUAUAGCAUUAUUAUCU